GCACUUGCCGGAGACAGCCUCGGGCCUCUUGGCCCACGCUCGGGUGAACAGCGUCGGGGAGAUCCUCUUCUUGACCAAGGAGCAGAUGGCCUGGCAACGAGGGCAAGGACAGCUCCUCUGCCCUGAUUGCGGCCAGUUCUUCGUGGGCGAGCGGGGUCUGCAGGACCACCAGCGCAAGAAGCACUGCAAGGCCGUGACGGAGGCUUUGGACGUGGUGCAUUGGAGCAGGCUGCAGCUUGUGCCGUUGCGAACACCCGUGACACCGCCACCGACGCCCAGCAAAGGCACUCGAGUCCACUUGGACGAAGGCCUGCGUCUCGCGGCGGCCGGCGACGUGAAGGCCUUGGCGGCCUUGCUCCGCGAAGGCGGAGACGGCGCCGGGCUUCGGAAGUGGGACCUGCAGACCUGCGACCAGCACGGCUCCAACGCGCUGCUCUGGGCCGCAGGUGGGGGCCACUUGGAGACCUGCCAGCUGCUGGUGGCCGAGGGGUUGGAUCCCACGUCGCAGCAAAAGGAUCGCCGCACGGCACUGCACUGGGCUGCACGCAACGGCCACCUGAGUGUGUGUCGCUGGUUGGUAGAGGUUUGUGGGCUUGAUCCUGACGACCCGACGCGGGAUGGGACAGUGCCGCUACAUUGGGCUGUUUGGCAGGAGCACGAGGAAGUGUGCUCUUGGCUCCUCGAGGCGCGGGCCAAUCUACACGCCAAGAACAAGUAUGGCUGCAACGCAUCGCAGUGGGCGGCCCUCGCAGGAUCUGUGAAGAUGUGCCGCUGGUUGCAGCGCGAAGGCUUGGACUUGAAGCUGCUGAACUUCAACGGCCACUCCGCCCUCCACAAAGCCGCAGUGAAAGGCGGUUUCGAUUGCUGCCGCUGGCUCUUGCGAGCUGAUGAGGAGGGCAAAGAGGGCGAGGGCGACGGUGGAGGCUUGGGUCUUGAGCAGCUGCGACCUGACCGGGAUGGACACCGGCCCAGCACCAUGGCUCGAUGUGGCGGUUUCGAAGAGCUGUCUCGCUGGCUGCAGAGCCUUGAGAGCGAACUGGAUGCGCAGACAAAAAGACCGGAUUUACUGAAGGCCUCGGAAGAUGCGGAGUUUUUGCACCAGGCGUUGACCAGUGCCGUGGGGCCAAGGCUCUUCUACCAGCUGCCCAAGCUCACCGCCAGGUACAUGCGGAAGAUCGCUUUGUCUCCCGGCUGUUUGGAGGAGUUCCAGAGCCGCAGCGAGUUCGAGGAGCGAGCGACGCCUUACCACUUCGCCAAUGCUUUGAUCAUCCUCAAGGCCGCCGGCGAAACACAGGCUGCCUCUGAGCUUUUCGAGGAAGCCCGGGCAGUCGCCUGGCAAGGGCAGCGCCCCAUCACCUGGGACAGCCUUCAGCAAACACCGGCAGUGCACAUCAGCGGCUUGACGCAUCGGCCCUUCUGGGAUCCCACGCAGCUGCCUCUCGCCCAGAAGCUCAAGGAUCAUUUCCCGAUCAUCCAGCAGGAGUUGCUGGCGCUGCGGCAGAAAUCGGUGAGCUAUCCUGCCUAUCCGAAUCUGGUUGAGCAGUCAGGAGUAUGGGACAUGUUACAGCUCUACGUGGGCCGGCAAUGGAACGAGGAUGCUUGU